AUGGUGACGAGAAUAAAAGUUUUAAACAUAGAUGAGUCAGAAGAAGGUUCAAAUUCAGCAGCAGUAGCGAGUUCAAUAACAACGCCAACUCCAAUGUCUGCCGUAAACAACAUCCCUCGAAGUGGUUUGCCGCCGUUUGCGCAGUUUAUCCGCACAGCGUCGAGCAAGUCUUGCCGUAGGAUGGAAGAAAUGGUCUCGAAAAUUCGAAAAUCUGUUGAUUAG